AUGACAGUACUUCAAGACAAACUGAACAUAGACAUUGCGCCUUCGACUCCCCGUCGUAAGAGAACCAUUGACUUGGCUGGCCAAUUACUCACACCUACCUCUUCUGCUAAGAAAUCCAAAACCAAUAUCCAUAUUAGCCCAUCGAAGAAAGGAGUACGGAGACUUGAUUUCUCGACUCCACCCACAACACCCACCAAACCAGCUAAGGCUGUUUCGAUAUACUCAAAGGCCAAAGCUUUGUUUCUGAGGGGCUGUUCAUUAGUCGAUACCGACGAUACUUCGCAUUUACCAACUAGAGAUCGUGAAGCCCACCGUCUCAAUGACUUCUUCUACACCAACAUCAGAGACAAGAGUCCUAACAGUUUGUAUAUUUCUGGACCUCCAGGCUCAGGAAAAUCAGCGCAGAUAAGCGUUUCUUUCAACUACUUGAAAGCAAAGUACGGAAACUCCACAGACAAUUCCAUAGUUAACAUUGAGGGAAGCACCGCCAAACUCAUUUCCAUCAACUGUAUGUCUCUCAACAACGUUGAACACAUCUUCCACGAGAUCUACAGUCAAAUUGAAGGUAAACUACUGAUCUCGUAUACGAAAAAGAAAACGGCCGAAGAUUUCUAUCAGCUCUUGGAUACUCAUCAGUUGUUAGACUCUGUAGUAGUUGCUUUGGAUGAAUUAGACUCGCUUUUAACUAGAGACCAGCACAUAUUGUUCGAGUUGUUCAACUGCGCUUCGUUCCGAGGAGAACCACACAAAGUCAAGUUGAUCUUGGUCGGGAUCUCCAAUGCUUUGGACUUAUCGAAUAAGUUCUUGCCUCGGUUGAAGAGAAAUGGGUUGAGCCCACAAUCGGAGCAGUUUCUUCCCUACACAGCAGAACAAAUUAGACUGGUGGUUAUUACGAAAUUGAAGUCGUUGAACGACGAAAGUGAAAAAGAGAAUACUACUUGCCGUGCUAUUCCAUUAUUUCACCCUGUAGCACUUAUGCUCUGUUGUAAGAAAUCAGCUUCGAUAACUGGAGAUUUGAGAAAAGCAUUUGAUAUCUGCUACAAGAGUAUCGAGUCUUUAGAGAAGGAGUUGGUUAAGAAGGGCGAGGACGUUUCUAAGUAUACGAUUAAUAACUGUCCCCAAGUCCUCAUUUCGCAUGUAGCAGGCGUUUGUUCAAAUUCUUUUGGGGAGAACUCAAGUACACGUUUGCAAAACUUGAACUUGCUACAGAAGGCAGUGUUGUGUUGUCUCAUCAAUAAGCAACAAGUCAAUAAGUGUCAAGAUUUGAACGUGAAUGCCUUCUUUGAUUUCUACGUCAAGCAUUCGGCCGCAAAUGCUGAAAAGUUACUCGGAAUCUUGAAGAAGGGUGAGUUCUUAGAGAUCUUAUCUGCAUUGGAAUCGUCUUCAGUGAUAGUAUUGUCAGAUAAAAAAGAGAUAAAGAAGUCGAAAAACGUAUUUAACGUCGACAUCGGGAACAAGAAUAUCAAGUCAAAUAUUCUUUUUAAUGAUAUGGUCAGCGCCAUAGGGGAAGUAGGAGUCUUGAAGAGACUCUUAUAUGGGAAAUAG